AUGCCGCAGGAUAUGCCGCCCGCUGGGGGCUAUGAGGCCGUUCAGUACAAGCGCAACCUCCCAUCGCGCGGCCUCUUCCGCCCCGGCCCCCUCGCCGCAGGCGGCGCCGUCCUCAUGCUCUACGGCUGGUACAAGCUGGUUGUCGGAAUCCGUGAGCAAAACGAACUCGCCCGCGAAAAGAUGUGGGCCCGCAUCCAUCUGAUCCCGCUGCUCCAGGCAGAGGAAGACCGCGACCAGGUCCGGAGACACUUGGCCGAUCAGGCGCGGGAGAAGGAAUUGUUGGGUGAUAAUAUCAAGGUUUAUCACUCUGAUCGGUUUGUCCGGCCCACGUUUGGUGUGGUUCCGUCGAAGGUUUCGGAGGAGUAA